AUGGGCAAGCCACGGAUGAUCAUCCUGAUCCGCCAUGCUCAGUCUGAAGGAAACAAGAAUCGAGAAAUCCACCAGACCGUCCCCGACCACCGGGUAAAGCUCACACCCGAAGGGCACCGACAAGCCCAUGAGGCAGGCUCCAAGCUGCGCGAACUGCUACGACCCGACGAUACCCUACACUUCUUCACAUCACCCUAUCGUCGAACGAGGGAGACCACGGAAGGACUUAUGAGCUCUUUGACCUCCGAUGACCCUUCCCCGUCGCCGUUCCCAAGACACACUAUCAAGGUGUACGAAGAGCCCCGAUUGCGUGAGCAGGAUUUCGGUAACUUUCAACCAUGUUCGGCAGAGAUGGAGAGAAUGUGGAUGGAAAGACAGGACUAUGGACACUUUUUCUACCGGAUACCUAACGGCGAGUCUGCUGCGGAUGCGUAUGACCGGGUGAGCGGAUUCAACGAGUCUCUUUGGCGGUUAUUUGGGGAGGACGAUUUCGCCAGCGUCUGUGUAUUGGUCACACAUGGUCUUAUGACUCGAGUUUUCCUGAUGAAGUGGUAUCACUGGAGCGUUGAAUACUUCGAGGACCUUCGCAAUAUCAAUCACUGCGAGUUUGUGAUCAUGAAGCUCAACCCGGACAACGGGAAGUAUGUGCUACAAAACAAUCUGCGCACGUGGUCUGAGUUGAAAAAGGAAAAGGAGCUGGAGAUACAGCAAGAACGAGCUUCCAAAGGACUUGACCCUGCGCCUAUUUCAUCGGAGCCACCUGUCCCCGCCAGACGCAGAUGGGGUGGUUGUCCAGACGGAUGCAAUCACGGGAUCCGCAGGAGGACUUCUGCACGGAACCCGCGAACGAACGGAGCAGAUGCAAUGCGUCACGAACAUCACGAUACCCACAAAAAGAUACCCGACACGAACGAACCUGCCCAGGUGGCUAAUGCGCAAGUCGAGCAACUAAGAGCAGCAGAACACCCUCCAGAUGCGACAAACCCCGACUUCGACAAUGACAACGACCAUGACAACCAUUCACGAGCCCUAACAUCCAACCCCAAAUCAACCACCACUAACCUCGCAAAACCCGCAAACCCACGACCCAGCCUAGCGCACUUCCACCAAGACAGCGAAGACAGCCUCCUCGACCGCCACCGCCACAACCUGGCCCUCCUCCGCCUUGGGGGUCGCGACGGCGGCGGCUCCAUGAGCGGCUUUAACAGCCUUGCCCCGUCCGAAGACGAGCGCGAAGAAUCUGCCCCCCUCGAGAGCCUCCCUCGACAGAUCUCCCACCAAGUCAGACCGUCCCAAGACAUCGGAAACGACGGCGACGACGAAGGGAGCGAAAGCAAACCAGCCUUGCAACGUCUACGUCGUGCUCGCUCGCAUAACCACCACCACCACCACCACCACCACCAUCACAAUCACAAUCAUCACUUCAUUUCAAACCUAAACAAGCGCAGUCUAGGCGUGAGAAUUGGCGAUACCCUCGGUGACCGGGACCCGGAGACAGACGACACGGAUCACCUGCCCAAUGAUCGAGAGACAUCACUUGAACCGGAGCCAGAGCCGCAGACACAGAACUCAACGGCGGAACAAGAGCAAGAGAAUGAAAAUGGUACCUUCGAGGCCGAGCGACGCAGGGACCAGAGUAUCCGGGGGAGCGUUUAUUGA